CUGCCUUCUCCAAGCCUUGGUGGCGACCCAUGCGGGGCAUGCGCAGUCCCCACUUGUCUCUUUGUCGGGGGAGUGCCUGGUGACCAGGGGGCACCGGGAACUGAUUGGCCAAAGGCUGAGAGGCUGGAGCGGGACUCAGUUUGGGUCCUAGAUCCCAGCUGCAACCUGGGUCCCAAGAAAGAGGGCGCAGUUGGGUGGGCAGCCAGCCAGCCUCGCAUUAACAGAGCCGGGCGCAGUGCCAGGCCCUGAGCAGGAGGCCCCUGAGUGCCAGUACUGGUGGUGUCCCUCGUCUCCAGGAGGCCCAUGCAGCCGGCACCCGGGCGUAGCCGGGCUGGGGCCCCCAGCCGAUUCCUGCCCCUGCAGUCACAGCGCCCCGAGGGGGCAGGGGACGUGGUGAUGUACGCCUCCACCGAGUGCAAAGCCGAGGUGACGCCCUCCCAGCAUGGCAACCGCACCUUCAGCUACACGCUGGAGGACCACACCAAGCAGGCCUUCGGCAUCAUGAACGAGCUGCGGCUCAGCCAGCAGCUGUGCGACGUCACGCUGCAGGUCAAGUACGAGGACGCGCCGGCCGCCCAGUUCAUGGCCCACAAGGUGGUGUUGGCCUCGUCCAGCCCCGUCUUCAAAGCCAUGUUCACCAACGGGCUCCGGGAGCAGGGCAUGGAGGUGGUGUCCAUCGAGGGCAUCCACCCCAAGGUCAUGGAGCGCCUCAUUGAGUUCGCCUACACAGCCUCCAUCUCCAUGGGCGAGAAGUGCGUCCUGCACGUCAUGAACGGCGCCGUCAUGUACCAGAUCGACAGCGUCGUGCGCGCCUGCAGCGACUUCCUGGUGCAGCAGCUGGACCCCAGCAACGCCAUCGGCAUCGCCAACUUCGCCGAGCAGAUUGGCUGCGCCGAGCUGCACCAGCGUGCCCGAGAAUACAUCCACAUGCACUUCGGGGAGGUGGCCAAGCAGGAGGAGUUCUUCAACCUGUCCCACUGCCAGCUGGUGACGCUCAUCAGCAGGGAUGACCUGAACGUGCGCUGCGAGUCCGAGGUCUUCCACGCCUGCAUCGACUGGGUCAAGUACGACUGCGAGCAGCGGCGCUUCUACGUGCAGGCGCUGCUGCGGGCUGUGCGCUGCCACUCGCUCACGCCCCACUUCCUGCAGAUGCAGCUGCAGAAGUGCGAGAUCCUGCAGUCGGACUCGCGCUGCAAGGACUACCUGGUCCAGAUCUUCCAGGAGCUGACGUUGCAUAAGCCCACGCAGGUGAUGCCCUGCCGGGCGCCCAAGGUGGGCCGGCUCAUCUACACAGCUGGCGGCUACUUCCGCCAGUCCCUCAGCUACCUAGAGGCCUACAACCCCAGCGACGGCACGUGGCUGCGGCUGGCCGACCUGCAGGUGCCGCGGAGCGGGCUGGCGGGCUGCGUGGUGGGCGGGCUGCUGUACGCCGUGGGUGGCCGGAACAACUCGCCCGACGGCAACACCGACUCCAGUGCCCUGGACUGCUACAACCCCAUGACCAACCAGUGGUCCCCCUGUGCCUCCAUGACUGUGCCGCGCAACCGCAUCGGGGUCGGGGUGAUCGAUGGCUACAUCUACGCCGUCGGCGGCUCCCACGGCUGCAUCCACCACAACAGCGUGGAGAGGUAUGAGCCCGAGCGGAAUGAGUGGCACUUGGUGGCCCCCAUGCUGAUGCGGAGGAUUGGGGUGGGCGUGGCUGUCCUUAACCGACUGCUCUAUGCCAUCGGUGGCUUUGACGGCACCAACCGCCUCAAUUCAGCCGAGUGUUACUACCCGGAGAGGGACGAGUGGAGGAUGACCACACCCAUGAAUACCAUCCGGAGUGGGGCAGGUGUCUGCGUCCUGCACAACUGUAUUUAUGCCGCCGGGGGCUACAACGGCCAGGACCAGCUGAACAGCGUGGAGCGCUAUGACGUGGAGACAGAGACCUGGUCCUUUGUGGCUCCCAUGAUGCACCGGCGGAGCGCCUUGGGAAUUACGGUGCACCAGGGGCGGAUCUACGUCCUAGGAGGCUACGACGGCCACACCUUUCUGGACAGCGUGGAGUGUUACGACCCAGACACGGACACCUGGAGUGAAGUGACCCGCAUGACAUCGGGCCGGAGCGGGGUGGGUGUGGCCGUCACCAUGGAACCUUGCCGAAAGCAGAUCAACCAGCAGAACUGCACCUGCUGAGCCCUUUUUUACCCCCGGUAAUUCUUGGGCUCAAAAAAAGGAAAAGGAAAAAAAAAGUCCAAUUGAGAGUAUUGUGUUCACAUAAAAACAGACGCAAGUCAAGGCAAGAGAGCGAAACCUCCUUAUGCCCACCCAGAAGGCCAGGACCCUCCGUGUUCCAAGGACAGCCUGAAAGGAAAGAGCCCACGCAGGAAGCCACCCAAUCAAAGACUUCCAUGAAGGCGUGAGGAAGCCGCCCACCGAGAAGCUUCUGUCCCCUCUGAGGCCAAAGCAGGUGCCAAGGCCAGUCCAGUGGCUGUCCCGGCGCCAGUGUGAUUAGCCUGGUCGGGCUCAACCACUGAGAUGUGGGGGUACGGACCCCAGGGAUGAACCUGUACAUAGAACCUGGCUGUCCCCACGCAGGUCAGUCAUUUUGUCAAACAACCCUGUAACUUUCCCUUGAAAUAAAGAACAGACUAACCAGUGUC